UAAUCAACAAAUCAACGCAGGAUAUUACAGACACGAAGAUGGAUUUUGACGAGUACCGUAGACAAGGCAAAGAGAUGGUAGACUACAUCGCGGACUAUCUGCAGAACAUUCGCGAGCGACGUGUGUUGCCGGACGUGCAGCCAGGGUACAUGCGCAGCCUAAUACCAGAGUCGGCCCCGCUCGAGGGUGAGCGGUGGGAGAACAUCUUCGCGGACAUCGAGCGCGUCAUCAUGCCGGGCGUAACACACUGGCAGAGUCCUCACAUGCAUGCCUACUUUCCGGCGCUAAACUCUUUCCCUUCGCUGCUAGGCGAUAUGUUGGCCGACGCGAUCAACUGCCUAGGAUUUACUUGGGCGUCUUCUCCGGCCUGCACCGAGCUGGAAUCGAUUGUGAUGAAUUGGCUCGGCAAGAUGAUUGGGCUACCGGACAUGUUUCUGCACCUACCCGGCAUCAGCAUGGGGGGCGGUGUGAUUCAAACUACCGCCAGUGAGGCAACGCUCGUGUGCCUGCUGGCAGGACGAACGAUGGCCAUUAGACGCUUUCACGAGCAUACGCCCGGGCUGCAGGACGCGGAAAUAAACGCCCGGCUGGUUGCGUACUGUUCCGACCAGGCACACUCCAGCGUGGAGAAGGCGGCCCUAAUCGGCUUAGUCCGGAUGCGAUUCAUCGAAUCGGACGAUCAACUCAGCCUCCGCGGUAACGCUUUGCGCGAUGCAAUCGAGGAGGACAUCAAGCAAGGUCUGAUACCGUUCUGGGUUUGUGCCACUCUCGGUACAACCGGAGCCUGCGCCUUUGACCAUCUGGCCGAGAUAGGGGACGUUUGCGCGAGCUACAACAUCUGGUUGCACGUGGACGCUGCCUACGCCGGCAGUGCGUUCAUCUGUCCGGAGUUUCGGGUGUGGUUGAAGGGCAUCGAGAAAGCGGACUCCAUCGCGUUCAAUCCCUCCAAGUGGCUGAUGGUGCACUUUGACUGCACGGCGAUGUGGGUCAAGAACAGUGGUGCCCUGCAUCGAACGUUCAACGUGGCUCCGUUGUACCUACAGCACGAAAACUCGGGUCUUGCCAUCGAUUACAUGCAUUGGCAGAUACCGCUCAGCAAGCGCUUCCGGGCGCUGAAGCUAUGGUUUGUGCUGCGUAGUUUUGGCACCCGGGGACUUCAGAAGCACAUUCGCGAAGGCGUUCGGUUGGCGCAAAAGUUCGAAGCGCUCGUACUGGCGGACCAUCGCUUUGAGAUCCCGGCCACUCGUCAUCUCGGUAUGGUGGUGUUCCGGAUCAAGGGCGAAAAUGAGCUGACCGAAAAACUGUUGAAGCGGCUCAACCAUCGUGGCCAUCUGCACGCUGUUCCUGCCUCGCUUAAGGGUCGCUACGUUAUUCGGUUUACCAUCACCUCUACAUACACCUCGAACGAUGAUAUUCUGGCAGAUUGGAACGAAAUUCGCACGGUGACGACAGAUCUACUCAAUGAGCUCAAUGUCCAGAUGGUCGAUCGCACACGUGUGCCACUGAAGGAUACGCGCGAAAAGAACGAAGCGUUCGGAUCGAGCCUUCUGCUCGCCAAUUCGCCGAUGUCGCCGAAGAUCGUGAACGGCUCGUUUGCGGCCAUCUUCGAUGCGGACGAGUUCCUGGCCAAGGUGUACGCCGGCAUACGCAUCUCGAACCAGGACUCACCGGCCAUGAGGCGUCGCGUCCGGGGCAUCCUUAUGUCUGGCAAACAAUUUUCACUCGAUUCACGCAUGGACCUGGUGGUGCACGGUAUUGGUCCGGGCGAGGUGCGCAACGGCAUCGAAUCGAAGGCCAUUAACGAAGACUUAGAGGAGGUCUGGGAAGCUUGUGAGCAGAUGGAGCUUACGGACCAAGAGAACCCACCAAACAACACCACACCCCACCAUCAACGCCAUCGUUCCCCAUCUCCGCAGCCACCAUCGAAGUUGGAACCACACUUCAUCGAACCACUCCCGAUACUCCCCAUAACAGGGCCAUGUCGGGGUCGGUCGCAAAGUGUGGACACCGGCAUUAUUCGUGCCCAUGCUAACGCACCCAACGCCAGCUGGUUCCUGGAGCGGGAGGAAGCCCUCACCCGUUCUGAACCGUGCUACUCCACCGACUCCCUAACCAGCCAACCCUCGCUUUCAUCCCCUAUUCCGAUUCUAACACCAACUCCACCACCCGUCGGUCCCACCCCUAAGAUCUCCUGCGAAUCACACCUAGACAGUAUCGACGAGAACCGACCAUCGGAAAACUUUCCACGCAGCAAGCGCCGGUGCUCAGAUAACUCACAUCUCUUCUCACUCACCCGUCCGAACGUCUACCCAGAAAAGCGUCAGUCUGAGCCCGCGAUUCGGUGUGCCUUCUACAACCGUGGUUUCGAUAUGCUCUGUCCACCACGUCCACCGCCGCCGAAGCGUGUGCUAUCGCAGAACGAUCUGCCCCGCACACGGCAGCUACGGCGACAGGUUUCCACCGUCUCGGAGCUGAAUCUUAGCGACCCGGAUGAGGAUUGGCGGCGGGCAAAGCUGCUAGUGCCACCGUUUCGCUACUGUAUUGCGGACGAAUCGGGACACUGUAUCGAUUUCGACACCGUACUGCCCUGUCCGAUGGCGUCGAUCGAUGAUGAAGCGAUACUGCGGGACGCGCUACGGUUUGAGGAGAAUUUCGUCGAACGAUGCGAACAGAUCUGUCCCGAGCCGGAUUCACUGUGUCUCGAGACGAUCGAAGAACGGGUGCUGGAUGAGCUGGCAUCGACGGUUGGUGAUGGUGGGCUGGCGAAAUCCAACGAGGGGAGCGAUGAAGUUAUUUACGAAAAUGUGAAACAUUGUCGGAAGUGUGGCCAUCAAAGAAUUAAGUUAUAA